AUGGUCUUCUACCAUCUGACUACUGACUGUGGUCGCCCCUAUUCCAAGGUCAUCCUUAGUGACAGGAUUCCAGGCCGUGAUGCGAUUCCUAUUUCAUUUCAGUUUUGGGAGGUCAUCAGCGAUGAGCAUGGCAUCGACCCCACUGGCAGUUACCAUGGAGACAGCGAUUUGCAGCUGGAGAGAAUCAACGUGUACUACAAUGAAGCUGCUGGCAACAAAUAUGUACCUCGGGCCAUCCUGGUGGACCUGGAGCCUGGCACCAUGGACUCGGUGAGGUCGGGACCAUUCGGCCAGAUCUUCAGGCCAGACAACUUUGUGUUCGGCCAGAGUGGUGCUGGAAAUAACUGGGCAAAGGGCCACUACACAGAGGGAGCCGAGCUGGUGGACUCGGUUCUGGACGUGGUGAGGAAGGAGUCAGAAAGCUGUGACUGUCUCCAGGGCUUCCAGCUGACCCACUCUCUGGGGGGCGGCACCGGGUCAGGCAUGGGCACCCUGCUCAUCAGCAAGAUCCGCGAGGAGUACCCAGACCGCAUCAUGAACACCUUCAGCGUCAUGCCCUCGCCCAAGGUGUCAGACACGGUGGUGGAGCCCUACAACGCCACCCUGUCUGUCCACCAGCUGGUGGAAAACACAGAUGAAACCUAUUCCAUCGAUAAUGAGGCCCUAUAUGACAUCUGCUUCCGCACCCUGAAGCUGACCACGCCCACGUAUGGAGACCUCAACCACCUGGUGUCAGCCACGAUGAGCGGGGUGACCACCUGCCUGCGCUUCCCGGGCCAGCUGAAUGCAGACCUGCGCAAGCUGGCGGUGAACAUGGUGCCCUUCCCCCGCCUGCACUUCUUCAUGCCGGGUUUCGCGCCCCUGACCAGCAGGGGCAGCCAGCAGUACCGCGCCCUGACGGUGCCCGAGCUCACCCAGCCGAGGUCAUGGAACCCCAAAUGUUCUUCGCCCCUGAGAGGCGAGGACAGUGUUUGGAAGCAGCCCCUUCCUGCGGUUCUGGGACCCGAAUCUCCAUCCCCAUACCGGGCUCAGGGUGGGCUGAGUGGGAGGGGGACGGGAACUAGACAGAAGGACCCCCGGGGGUGCAGCUGCGACCCGCAGACCGGGCUGGAGGUCUGGGCACCGCCCUUGGCCGCCGGUUGCCCGGGCUGGGAGUCCUCCCUGGACCUUGCGGCCGCAGUGCCGCGCCCUAGCGCCCCCGCACCUCGCACCGCGCCCCAGCUCCCUCUCGCGGUGCCGCAGUCCCUGCCGCACCGCCCCCCGAGUCCCCGCCCCUAA